AUGCCUUCCUCGUCAUACACCUCAAAGGCGGCGCACACGUUUGCGCUCCUCCUCAACACGCCCAUCGCCGACGAGAAGAGGAUGCCCUCCGAGUUCCAGAUGCAGGACAUGACCCAUCUCCGGGCGCGGUCGAUCGAACUUGCCCGCUCACGGACACCGUCCCUCGACUCGCUUGACCUCGACUCGGAUUCAGAGGUAUCCGAGCCCACAUCACCUAUAGUACCCGCCGACAUUGAAACACCUGCCCCCACGCCGCAGAAGCGCCAUAUUAUCUCAUCCAUCUACGAAGUACAUUAUCAGCCUACCGUAAUCGCAGCCCUACGGCUUGCUGGAGAACGCAUUGAAGGAUCACGCACCAUGGAAUAG